UUGGGGGCCAAGCAAUAAAAGUGAAGACCAUCUGUUUCACUAUAGCAGUUAUACUUGGCUAAGAGAAAAUAUGAAAUAGUAACUUGCUCAGAUGAGCAUCAUGUUGUCAGUGUUUAAGCUGCUUCCUCUCGUGUUUACUCCCUGUGUGACUCAUUGGACACCACGUGCCUUGAAAUUGUUAUGCUCCAUUAUCCUUCUGCGUGUGUCACAAUAGCUGUGUGCAGUCCUGGUGGAGCCACAGCACCGUGAGCAGCCAGAGCAGCACUGGGGAGGAGAGCUGCCACCUCCAGCUGCAGUGAGAGGCAGUACAUGGUAAUUCUAUCACCUCCUGGCCAUCCCAAUGAUGAAAUCAGAAGCUAAGGAUGGAGAAGAGGAAAGCCUGCAGACAGCAUUCAAAAAGCUGAGAGUUGACACAGCUGGAUGUACCACUUCUCUCUCUGUGGGUGAUGGGACAAGUCCCAGAGCAGUCGUUAGAACAGUGGCAGAUGAAACCAAACCUAAGAAUGUGUGUGCUUCUAAGGAAACCUGGCAUGGGUCUGUGAAGAAGCCCUCGAGAGGAGUUGUGAGAACGCAGCGUCGCAGGCGUUCCAAGUCUCCAAUUCUUCAUCCUCCAAAGUUUAUCCACUGCAGCACAAAAUCACACUCCACAUGCAGCCAGCUGGUGCAGAAGAGCCAGGCUGAUGCCCAGGAGGACAGCAGUGGCUUUGGGGUGCCAGUCCCAAAGGAAGCAGGUGCACAUGAACACUGCAGCGUCACUCCGGACGUGGGCCACAAGGGAGCUGAUGAGUCUUUGGGAGUUUCUGUGGCACAGUUGACAUCAGAGAACACUCAGGAGAACUCUCCAGCUGCAGCUUCUCCAGCAUCCAAAACAGGCCUAAAGACUACGGAGCUUUCUGACUUCCAGGCUGUGUGCAGGCUGAACUCGAGUGAGCCAUGUGCGUGUGCAGAUAAAGCCUGUCAGUGCAGACUGUGGCGAGAUAUGGAAGUGUACAAAUUCUCUGGCUUGCAGAACACCCUCCCCCUGGCACCUGAUAGAACGGUUUCUGAGGAUCACUCCCAGCCUUUGCCAUCAAGAACUCCCUCAAGUUCUCCACGCUCUUGCUCUGAGCAAGCCAGGGCCUUUGUGGAUGAUGUGACAAUUGAAGAUCUUUCGGGAUACAUGGAGUAUUACUUGUAUAUUCCAAAGAAAAUGUCUCACAUGGCAGAAAUGAUGUACACCUGACAGCAAUGAGCACUAAAACCAGAAGGGUGGCUGGUUUAAAUCUGCCCUCAGGCACAUCAUGUGAAUAUGCAACCCACUCCCUGCUCACUGUGCUUGCAAUAAAAACACUUCUUUGCAUCUCA